UAUUUUCACCAAACAUAACGUGUCGUAAAGCGAGAUGCCGCUGAGCUUCAGCUCUCCCAAACGGUUGGCUGAAGUUUGGCUUUAGCGUUGGAUAAUCGAAGAAACCGACAUCCACUCCGUCUCGAAGUUUCACCCAGAUCUGGGUCUCAAAUUCUAAUACUGGGAUUCGAUUUUAGGGUUUUAUAAUAGUUCUUCCUUUCACAAUUCGGUUGACAUACCAUUUUUUUGGCGAGAAACCAUGUCGGUUUUGCCAGACGAGAUGUGGAGAAGAAUCUUGGAGAUGGGCAUGACUAAGUCGUAUUUCGGUUACAGGGGCCUCUGCUGCAUCUCAAUCACUUGCAGACGCCUCAACAGAUUAGCCAAUGAAGACUCCUUAUGGUCCACUUUGCUAACCCUAGAUUUUCGCUCCAGAAAUUAUAAUGAUCCUUCAUCACUUGAACCUCCCACAUCUUCUCUUAAAGAGCUUUACAGGACCAGGUUUGAGAGAGACAAAGCACGUAUGCUGGCAGCCCAUCGCCGUGCGGUUCUUAGAGUAGAAAGCCAAAUUGCUGUUUGUUCCGCAAAUCUUCGAGAUAUCCGGAAUCGAUCUUUACAAGAGAAUGAAAAGAUGAAAGCAACACUGGCAGAAUUGAAAAAUCUGGAGAAGGCAAGGCAAGCUGCAGUAGCCUUGAAUGUGUGGCAGCCACAUAUCAUCCGUGGUUGGCAAAAACAGAUAGUUGGGCAAACUUCUGUGCCUGUUGAUUCUCGUAUCACUGCUCUAGAAAUGGAAGUAAAACUAUGUAGGCAACAGAUCAAGGUGUAUGAUAAGGCUUAUAGAGUUGAGAAUCAGAGGCUUGAUGCAGCAAAGGAACAGCUGCAAUUAUUGAAGUAUCACCCUUUACGAGAUUAUACAGUUCCGGAGACCCGGGUAGAUGAAAGCAGCAGCAAGCGGAAGAAGCUUAAGCAUUGCAGCAAGUUAACAUAUUAAAGUAUUUUACCGUCCUCACAGUGAAGUGAACUGCAUUUACCAAAUCCAAGCUGAAGUCUUUGAUAUUCAAUUCUUGAACAUUGGUGGUGGUUUAGUUGUAGGAUCCCCUCCAUGUCACAGAACAUAGGGAAGCUCCCUACUUGACCAAUAAAAUCAUCUUUUUGAACAGACCUGCGGAGGUCCUGUGAUUCUUACAGAUAUUGUAUUUUGGUUUGUCAUACUCCCAUUCUUGUCAAUCCAGCAUUUUGGCCUAAACCUGUUAAUGGGGUGCAUGCAUUGCAUACAAGGCUGUUGGUAAGUCAUAAUCCUUUUCUUGAACUGUCGAUCCCACGGGCACCUAUUUGGUACUUUGGCUUGGCUGUGGUUCACAUCCCAAUGUCCCAUGUUACGGUGUUAAUUUGCUUCUUGAUUUCUUACUGUUAUUUGAAAAAUGGUUGUACCUGAUUGCGAUUCGUCUGAGUGAAAAUGCUUGGUGUACAUAAUAGAGGAGGGAGAGUUUAUACAGCAAUCAACUCUUAUAUUGAAUGAAUCAAAAGGAUGUUUGUUAUUUUAUUAUUUA